GGUAUGGCUGGACUCGCAGCCGCUCGCACUCUUCGCGAUGCGUCAUUUCAGGUACUUCUGCUGGAAUCUCGGGAUAGAAUUGGCGGUCGGGUUUGUACUGAUUACUCAUUUGGUUUUCCAGUUGACCUGGGGGCGUCAUGGUUGCAUGGCGUCAGCAAAGAGAAUCCUUUGGCACCGUUGAUUGGAAGACUAGGACUGCCCCUGUAUCGUACUAGCGGUGAUAACUCCGUGUUGUAUGACCAUGAUUUGGAAAGGCAAGCAAAUCAUUUCCUUCUUGCUCUUAACUGUCUAGAUAUGUGUUGGCGAUAAACAUCCGUCUUGAAAUAGGGUCUUAAGCAAUGUCAAAGUGAAAUUUGCUCUUUACAUCAGAACUUGGUGCUACGUACCCCAUUUCAUAUAUAUGC